AUGGCGGCUUCAUCUUUGGGUUUCAGAUCACUGUUUAAGUAUGCUUCACCAUACCCGACUGACGGUCACGGUUUUGUGACUGGAAAUUGCCCUUUGGCAUAUGGGUGCAAAACAACGGUGCUGGGUUGCAAAAAUCACUUGCUGAAUGGUAAGAGCUUCUCAUUGAAUUGCUUGAAAGACAAAGAGAUGGAUGUGAGUGCAUCGGCUUUGGUUGAUGGUAUUGCCGAAUGCUCAGAUGAAACAGAAGUGAUGGAGCUGAGUGUCCCAGGGGAGCCAAGUGUGUCAACAAUGUUGAUUAAUUUUGGUAAUGAGUUUGAUCCUUAUGAUGCCUUAAGUACGCCUCUUUAUCAAACAGCAACUUUUAAGCAGCCUUCAGCAGUAGAAUAUGGACCUUAUGACUAUACAAGAAGUGGGAAUCCAACUCGGGACACCUUAGAAAGACUUCUUGCAAAGCUUGACAAGGCAGAUCGAGCUUUAUGCUUUACUAGUGGAAUGGCUGCCUUGGCAGCUGUGACUCGUCUUAUUGGGACAGGUGAGGAGAUUGUUGCUGGAGAUGACAUGUAUGGUGGUUCAGAUCGAUUGUUAUCGCAAGUAAUUCCAAAGACUGGAAUUGUGGUCAAGCGUGUGGAUAUGACUAACCUUGUUGAGGUUGCGUCUGCAAUUGGCCCCUGGACAAAGCUGGUGUGGUUAGAGAGUCCAACGAACCCACGCCAACAAAUUUCUGACAUUCGUAAAAUAGCUGAGAUGGCUCAUGCUCAUGGUGCUCUUGUAUUGGUCGACAAUAGCAUCAUGUCUCCUGUGUUGUCUCUACCCUUGGAACUGGGAGCAGAUAUUGUGAUGCACUCGGCUACUAAAUUCAUAUCUGGUCACAGUGAUGUCAUGGCUGGCGUUCUUGCUAUUAAAGGAGAAAGUUUGGCGAAGGACUUGUAUUUCAUACAAAAUGCUGAAGGCUCAGGAUUGGCUCCAUUCGACUGUUGGAUCUGUUUAAGAGGCAUUAAAACUAUGGCCUUGCGUGUUGAGAAGCAACAGGAGAAUGCCCAAAAAAUUGCUGAAUUUCUCGCCUCCCACCCACGGGUCAAACAGGUUAAUUACGCUGGUCUUCCUGGCCAUCCAGGACGAUCUUUACACUAUUCUCAGGCAAAGGGUGCUGGAUCCGUCCUCAGUUUCCUUACGGGGUCGUUGGAACUUUCUAAGCAUGUAGCUGAGACUACCAAGUACUUUACCAUCACCGUCAGUUUUGGAAGUGUCAAGUCCCUCAUAAGCUUGCCUUGCUUUAUGUCUCAUGCAGCCAUACCGGCUGCAGUGCGCGAGGCCAGAGGUUUAACUGAGGAUCUCGUCCGUAUAUCUGUAGGAAUUGAAGAUGUCAAUGAUUUGAUUUCUGAUUUAGACAAUGCACUCCGAACUGGACCUGCAUAA